GACCCACUUGCGGGCGAACUCGGCCGUUUCGGACAGGGCCUCGAACGUGCACAUGGAAGCCCCAUCGUCGGAUAUGUAGCACGAGAUUUUAUCGACCGGGUAAUCCAUCCCGAGUAUCGAGAGGACUGUGUUGGCCGUGACAAGUGGCGGCUCUUUCAUGGGGUCCACCGUGCUCACGAAUAUGUCCACCGGCGCCAGCAUGAGAUGGCGAACCAGAUUUCGCAUAUGAUUGAGCCAGAGGCCAAUGGCAUCAUGGACCGGGUUCAAGAUCCGGUAGCGGAGGAAGAAGGCCAAGAUCACAAGACGGGCCACGAUCACCAUCCGCUGGCUACCUUCCCUUCUUUCGUACUCGUAGCACGGCCGACAAACGGGAAAACCGCAUUCGUUGCAAGCAACAAAGAGUUCGCCGUCGACCGUUAGCCCGAUCUCGUCGCCACAUAUCUCGCAAUCUUGGCCGUUCAAAUUCUUCGAAGGCUUAGGCUGCAAAGAUUUUUUUUUUUUUUUUU